GUCUCCCUCUCCACAUUUUCUUUCUUUUCAAAACAUGACACCAACUCUAUAUAAAGACUUAACAACUAAAAACCAUCACUCAAAAAAAAAAAGAGAGAAUAUAUCAAUGGAGUUUGAUCUCGAAAAUCCACUCCCAUUUUCAACUCACAUUUUCCCUUCACUAUUCAAUACAGAGAUUCGUCACAUGCCUUCCAAAACCUUACUCUCAAGCCACAAUCUCCCCAUCCGCCGCGAAAUCGCCUCCGCAAUCCUCCACAUCUCGCGCGAAUCCGAUCCUUUCCUCUCCUACCUCGCCGUCAAUUACAUGGAUCGCUUCCUCUCCGCACACUCCAUACCGAAUGGGAAGCCAUGGAUCUUCAGAUUAGUAGCGGUUUCCUGCGUUUCAUUAGCGAUGAAAAUGAGGCAAGCAGAGCUCUCCGUCUCCGAUCUCGCGGAUAACGAUGGAGGUUUGAUCUUCGAUUCCGCGACGAUCGAGAGAAUGGAGAUGCUGAUCCUCGGAGCUCUGAAAUGGCGGACGCGCUCGGUUAAUCCUUUCUCGUUCCUCAAUUAUUUCGUCUCGCUCUUCGAUUCCGGCGACGACGAGCGAUCGAUUCAGGCUUUGAAGAACAGAGGAGCUCAGAUCAUCUUCAAAUCUCAGAACGAUAUCAAAUUAAUCGAGUUCAAGCCGUCGAUCGUCUCGGCGUCGGCCCUGCUCGUGGCGUCUCACGAGUUUUUCCCGAUGCAGUUUCAACCGUUCAGAGAUGCUAUCUGCAGCUGCAGUUAUGUGAUUAAGGAGGAAUUGCUGCAUUGUUAUGAUGUGAUGGCAACGGCGUCGGGGCUGUUGACGCCGGCGAAUGUGCUGGAUUUCAGCUGCUCGUUCUCAGAGAUAGAGAGCAUUCAUUCCGCCAUUAAUGAAUCGCAUCAGCUUUCUCAGUGACUAAUUAGUGUAUAUAUAUGAUGAGAGGGACAUUUAGCUUUGGCCACCAUAAAGUUGGAAAGGGCAAGGGUAUUUUCGUCUUUUCACAUCCCGGUUCGGUCGUCUUGGUUUGACUCGGUUGUUUUUUAUUGUAACGAUGUGUUUUUCUAGUUGAGUCCUUUUUUCGAGUCGGCUUAUCGAGUAGUCGGUGCUGUGCGUGCUAGUAUUUAUAGUGUAUUUCGAUUUUGUACGUACGAAUCAGGUGAUGGAGAGAUAGCUAUUGCCAAUCAGUAAUUUAUUUUGGUAGAAGUAUAUUUCUAGAAUUUCAAUUUUUUAAUUGAAAUGAGAACGUAAAUCUAUAAAA